AUUGUGUUGUCGGUUUUCGAUUAGCGCUUGUGGAUCAGUUAGUAGAUCAAUAAGUAAUGGCCGAUCAAUCAUCAGUUAAUAAUAAAAUGGCAAAUCUGAAUUUAGAUCCAGAUUUGUAUCCAGAGUUAGAUUAUCUGAUGAAUGCCGCCGACGAUGACUUUGACGUCCAGUUCGUUAUCGAUGGCCAAUCAGUUCCCGCACACAUAAGUUUUAUGAAAGCCAAAAGUGAAGUUUUUCGGUCAAUGUUUUCCGGCCAAUGGCCUGAAUCUGGCGGUGAAAACAACAACAACAGCAACAACAAAGUCGUGAUCAAUGACACGACUCCCGAGGCGUUCAAAGUUAUGCUGAUUUUUAUAUAUACCGAGCGAUUGGUGUUAAGCGACGGCAAAGAUUUGAAUCAUAUCAGGGAUGUCCUGAAACUUGCCGAUAGAUAUCAAUUGAAACGAUUGGCGGCAAAUGUUGGCCAACAUUUGAAAUCAAUGUCCAACUAUAGGCAACAUUGAAUUGAUGGGUCGAUUGGGGUUUGAAUACUAAAAUUGGAUGACUUGAUCGGUCGGCUUAAGACCAUUCAUCGAUGACAACAACAAUCUUAAGCAAACCCGAGAGAGUCGGGAAGUGAUUGCAAUCAAUUGUGCGGUCAAUGAUUUGUUGAUUAAAAAAAAAAAAUU